AUGGCUUUCUACAAAGUGAUCUGUGUGGCGACUCUGCUGACUCUCCUGACACAAGAGUGUCACUCACAACUAAGUGUGUGUGGUCAGCCUCCGCUCAACACCAGGAUUGUUGGAGGACAGGUGGCCCCUGCAGGCAACUGGCCCUGGCAGGCCAGUCUGCAAACCUCUGGGUCCCACUUCUGUGGAGGAACCCUCAUUAACAAUCAAUGGGUGCUGACUGCUGCUCAGUGCUGCGCAAGAUCAGGCGUAAGCACGAGCACUCUGGUUGUGUCUCUAGGUCUCCAGAGUCUACAGGGAUCAAACCCCAAUCAAGUGUCUCGCACAGUAUCACAGAUCAUCGUUCAUCCCAACUUUAACUCUGGAACUUUUGACAACGACAUCUGCCUCCUGAAGCUCUCCUCACCGGUGACUUUCACCACCUACAUUCAGCCCGUCUGUCUGGCAGCCACAGGCAGCAACUUCUACAGGGGGACUGUCUCCUGGUCCACCGGCUGGGGCAAUGUUGGAACUGGAGUGUCUCUUCCUUUCCCACAAAACCUAAUGGAGGUGCAGCAGCCGAUUGUAGGAAACAGAGAGUGUAACUGUAACUACGGAGUGGGUGUGGUCACAGACAACAUGAUGUGCGCAGGGUUCAGUGCUGGAGGGAAGGGCAUCUGUCAGGGGGAUGGAGGAGGUCCGCUGGUGAGCAAGCAGGGUGGUCGCUGGAUCCAGGCGGGAAUUGUGACUUUUACCAGUAGUAGGGGCUGUGCCCAGCCUAAUCUCCCAUCAGGCUACACCCGGGUGUCCCAGUAUCAGUCCUGGAUCAACAGCCAGAUCACCAGCAACCAGCCAGGCUUCAUCACCUUUACCUCCAGUGGGACUGAUGGUGACCUCAGAGUUACCUGUUCUGGCCUGCCACCAUCAAUACCCCAAGUGUGUGGUCUGCCUCCGCUCAACACUAAGAUUGUUGGAGGACAGGUUGCCUCUGCAGGCAGCUGGCCCUGGCAGGCCAGUCUGCAAAUCUCUGGGUUCCACUUCUGUGGAGGAACCCUCAUCAACAAUCAAUGGGUGCUGACUGCUGCUAACUGCUUCUACAGUACAGGCAUAACCACAAGCAUUCUGACUGUGGUUCUGGGUCUCCAGACUCUACAGGGAUCAAACCCCAAUCAAGCGUCUCGGACAGUAUCACAGAUCAUCAUUCAUCCCAACUAUAACCCCGCAAAUUUGGAUAACGACAUCUGCCUCCUGAAGCUCUCCUCACCGGUGGCUUUCACUUCCUACAUCCAGCCCGUCUGCCUGGCAGCUCCAGGCAGCACCUACUACAAGGGGACUCUCUCCUGGGCCACCGGAUGGGGUAGAAUUGGAUCUGGAGUGCCCCUUCCAUCCCCAGGAAACCUCAUGGAGGUGCAGCUGCCAAUUGUGGGGAACAGACAGUGUAGCUGUACCUAUGGAUUGAACAUUGUCACAAACAACAAGAUGUGCACCGGGUUGAGUACUGGAGGAAGGGACAUCUGUCAGGGGGAUGGAGGAGGUCCGCUGGUGAGCAAGCAGGGCGGUCGCUGGAUCCAGGGGGGAAUCACGAGUUUUACCAGUAGUAGAGGCUGUGCCCAGCCUAAUAUCCCAUCAGGCUACACCCGAGUGUCCCAGUAUCAGUCCUGGAUCAACAGCCAGAUCACCAGCUUCCAGCCAGGCUACUACACCUACACGUCCACUGGGACUGACGGUGACCUCAGCAUCACCUGUUAAUCACAAAAAACCUACACCCUAACGGUGAUCUGGCGGUGAGCAGAGCGGCUCUUGGUUCCAGGCAGCAGUGUUGUUAGUUGGAAACAACGCCACCUUCCUGGCUCAGACACCAACACCACCAGCAACAACAGCAACAGCACAGCUGCCGGCAACAUACCAACUACCAGCGGGGGCGCUCCUGCUCACUCCCCCUUCUUCUUCUUCUCAGUGUGACAGAAUCUGAAUGGCAACUGCUUUGUCUCUAAAAUGAAGGGUGUAAUUUAUGGGUGUAAAAUUAAUAAAUUAAUGACAAUGAAUUGUUUAAGCAGCACUGAACAAAUGUAGGUAUAUGUAGCCUGGCAUACCAGCGUGUCAAGGUUUUUGAAGGAUCCAGAUGUUACGCAAAGACAAGAUGAUAAUUAGUCAUUUACAUAAAACUUCCCCUUCAAAUAACUGAAAACAGGAUGGUGUUUAUUGAUUACAUUGCAGGUAUAUUAAACUCAUGCUAUCGUGAAUUUCUUACAGUCGUUAACAAAUGGAUUAAAAAACUUAAGGAGCAUAUUUUAGAGGUCAGAGGAACACAUGUCCAUCAUGUACCUAUCUGAGCUAGUGUACCUUAAUGUACAAUUAUAUCUAAAGUGAACAAGCAGCAUUUGCUCUAAAAAAUUCUUAAACUGAACUUUACAUUGAUAAUAAUUUGGUUUGAAAGAUAAAUGUCAAUAUUAAGUCUUGUCAAGUUUUGCCGUGGCAACAACUGUCCUGUAGAUGUGAAAGUGCUGAAUAAUUAACCCCUUUGAUUUUUUUUAUCACAAUAACCUGGUUUUUAAUUAAGGGAAAUCCUUUCUGUCGGCUUUGAGCACAUGUAUGAACUCAACUCAUGCAGUCUAAUCUAAAUGUCCUGCAGUAAAUCCUCCUUCAUGAUGGUUAUAAUCUGUUUGUGUUGAAACUGUUUUAGAGAUGUGCUGAUUCAACUGUAUGGUCAUUCUGGAGGCUGAAGUUGUGUUUCGUAGCCACAUGCAUGUAUCAAAUAAAAAAAACUGAACAUUU